AUGUUCCAUUCAUACACCCUAAGCUUAACCCGAGAGACGCCUUUUUUCAGGGGUAGAACAAAUGCGGCACAUUUAUAUUAUGAGGCAGGUGAGGGUGAAGAAAUUCAUUAUGUAGAUUUCACAUCCUUGUAUCCAUACGUGAACAAAUAUGGGACUUACCCAAUAGGUCACCCAGAAAUUUUGGCUACUAAAGGUUUAUCUACAGAUAUAAACAAAUACUUUGGACUUAUAAAAUGCACAGUUACAGCUCCAAAAAAACUGCUUCACCCCGUUUUACCAUUUCGUUCAGGUGGAAAACUAUUGUUUCCUCUAUGUCGAACGUGCAUAGAAAAUAAGAUUCAGAACUCUUGCAAUCAUACCGAUUCAGAAAGAGAGCUUACCGGUACAUGGGUUACAACGGAGGUUAAAAAAGCUACAGAGGUUGGCUAUAAAAUUACUAGAGUAGAUGUUGUUUGGCAUUUUCCGGAAAAAAGCGUUUAUGAUCCACAAAAUCCUUCGUCAGGGUUAUUCACUGAAUAUAUAAACACCUUUCUUAAAUUAAAACAGGAAGCAUCUGGUUGGCCAGAGUGGUGUGCUACAGAAAAUGACAAAGAAAAAUAUAUUGAAGAAUACAAACAAAUUGAAGGUAUUCACUUGCGAAAAGAAAACAUAGCACACAACCCCGGUUUAAGAUCCCUAGCUAAGCUUAUGCUAAAUUCAUUCUGGGGGAAAUUUGGCCAAAAGGAAAACCUACCAAAAACAAUUUACACCCAGGAACCUAACACUGUUUAUGAUCUGUUAUCUGACCCCACCGUUCUUGUUAACGAUAUAAACUUUGUAAAUGACCACUUAGCUGAGGUAAAGUACGAAAGCGAUGAGCAAUCGAUUCAAGUAAAUAGGAAGGUUAACGUAGUAAUUGCCGCAUUUACAACAGCCUCAGCUAGGUUGAAACUUUACGAGCUUCUAGAAGCUCUGCAAGAGCGUGUGUUGUAUUACGAUACAGAUAGUGUUGUUUAUGUAUCAAAAAAUGGUGAAUGGCAACCCCCUACGGGCGAUUAUUUAGGGGAAUUAACCAACGAAAUUGAUAAAAAAGACGGGAACUAUAUAAAAUGUUUUGUGUCGGGAGGUCCGAAAAACUAUGCGUACAUGCUAGACUCUGGAAAGAGCGUAUGCAAGCUGGUAACACCAUUUACGGCUGUAAUUAGUGGGCCAACAUCAUCCGGGAAAUCAGUCUUUGUGAAAAAACUGUUACAAAAUAAUUAUUUCGAUAAAAAACUUGAUGAUAUUACAUGGUGUUACGGUGAAUAUCAACCAUUGUUUACUGAAUUGAGUAAUUCCGCUACCAACAUUAACUUUGUAGAAGGUAUUCCUGUAGAAACUAUAGAUGCUUUUGAAGCCAGUAAAAAUCACCUAGUAAUCAUUGAUGAUCUUAUGACGGAGUGUAGCCGUGACAAACGUGUUGUAAAUCUGUUUACUAAAGGUUCUCAUCACAGAAACAUAUCAGUAAUAUUUAUAAUGCAAAAUUUUCUUCUAUGGAUCAAAAGAGAUUCGUACAAUAACUCUUAA